AUGGGGAUCCCAUCUGAGCUAAGGCAUUAUUGGACACAAACAACAACAAACAAUCAAAAUCUUAAUCACAGUGAUCAUAACAUUAAUGAUAGCAAUAGAAGAUCUUUCUUGGUUGCUUCUCCAGCUGAAGAACAGAAGAUUUUGCAAGCUAGACGUUGUACUCAAGAGGGUGUACGUGCAGGAGCCAAAGCAGCUGUUAUUACCUGUGUUGUCACUGCAGUGCCUACAAAGCUUCGUUUGCUGCCUUUAAGCAUGAUUUUUAACCAUAUGAGAUUAUCUCAUCGUAAUGGGGAAAUAUUGCUACCAACAAAGGUUUACUUGGCUUAUUUGCUUUUCAAGUGA